ACUCCGAAGUUGCACUCUGUUAGCCUCUGCUCCAACAAUCAGCGGAUUUCACUUAUUCCUAAGCUUCAGAGCCUUACGGUCAAUCUGUACAUGCUUCAGCUGCCGCCGAUUGACGCACCCAGUUGUCUUAUUUUGUUUGGUGGUCACAAUUUUUCUCUGUGCAGCUGAGUCCGUCUGUUCCCCCCGUCAGUUCACACGAUCAACGACGAAACCGUAUAAUGGCGACGGCCAUGUUCACAGGCACCGUCUGCCUGCUCAUGAAUUUCGCCAUCACUUUCUUCCUUCUCUGGCAUGUAGAACAACGGCGAAUUCUUAGCAGAGGGCUGCGACAACCAUCUUCUGAUGAUAUGUUCAAGCAAACAUUAUUCAAAUGGAGGCAGCGUUGUAUUCUUGCUUUCCUCUUCGUUCUCCCUGUACAACUCCCAAGAGGAUUUCUCCUCCUCUUUUGGGUGAGACAUAAUCUGACAAGAGCUCGCGGACCGGCUCAUCUCCAUCCUUUACCACUACAUAGCCCAAUCCACUUGUCAUGGAUUUGAUGUCGGUUUUGUCCGGACCGGUUAGUUUUCCUUUAUGUUCGACAUUAAUACAUGCAGAAAUCUGAUGUUGUCUGUGCAGGUACACUAUUUAUCAUUUCUGAUAUUGGUCCUCCGCAUUACACCACGGGGAAGUUCCGACGAG